UGAAACGAUUGAAUUUGACAAGCAUUUCUAGACAUGGAAAAUCAUGCCUUGGGAAUGCAUGAGACAGGAUCCAUUUAUUGAAAGAUUCCAUGUAGCGCCGCAGACUAAUGUACGCGCACAGGAGAUGGACAACUGUUUCUGAUCUGAGGACGUGGAUUAGCCUACAUUUCAUCCAUCUCGACAUUAGCCGGCGCUGUUCAGUGUCUCUCCACCUCAUCACGGUCGAUUCAACCUCGUUUGACAACGUAAAUUGUAGGCUUUUCCUCAAAUGCAAACCAACGGUUGUGGUUUGUUUAUAGACAUGCAUUAGUUUUUAUUGCUGGAUGUAUUCAUUCGCCAUGCCUUCGAUUGAGUGGACUGAACACUGGUUUGGCUAUAGUCUACCCUACCCUAUUCAUUGCGUGCUGAAGAGAUGAUGACGGCCUGUCUUCCGAUUUAUGUUUAUUUCUUUCUCAAGACGAACGAGAACCUCAGCAUCAGUGUAAAUGGAUAUAUGUUUUUGAAAUGUCUGCCCAUUAAACUGAUCCAUUUAAGAUGGUGUGUGCAAAGACUGCAUGUUUCAGAGCAGUCUGUUUGCUAUCAGCAGAAAAUGGAACUACGAACAUGGGUGUAGCCUAUUUCAUAUUCGAAACGGAAACUUGUGAGAUGAAGGAAAACAAGAAAAUACAUUUCGAUGGAUCUCAGUCGCUUCUGAAAUCAGGUUAUGCUUCAAACCCAGGAGAAUAAUGAAUUAUAUUCUAAACCGGUUAAAACCCAGAUGCUGUUCACCGUGAGGUAUUGUAACAUAAACGUGCAUCAUGUUAAUUUCUUGCUGGCCAAUUUUUAUCAAUCAUUGAUAGGCCUACUUCGACUGGGGAAAGCAGGGCCACUUGAUGUGGGCAUAUAGAAUAAACGCGCCUUUGACAAUAGCUUGGUUGCAUAGAUGGCAAAUACAAGCGAGUUUGGGGAAAGCAAUCCCACGCUACAUAAUUAUGCCAUCACCGCCUCUGCGGUUAAACUGGCCUCGCUCGGUCUGAUCAUUUGCAUCAGCCUUGUAGGGAACGCGGCGCUUUCCCUGCUAGUGCUGAAAGACAUCUCCCUUCACAAGGCUCCGUAUUAUUUUCUACUUGAUCUGUGCUUGGCAGAUGUAAUACGGUCUGCCGUGUGUUUGCCUUUUGUGAUGAUAUCAAUCAACAACCGUUCCACCUGGACAUACAGCAUUAUACGUUGCAAAAUUAUCGCGUUCAUGUCAGUCCUUUUUUGUUUCCAUGUAGCGUUUCUGCUCUUCUGCGUCAGUGUCACCAGAUACAUGGCGAUAGCACACCACAGGUUUUAUUCCAAACGAAUGACAUUAUGGACAUGUGUGGCAGUGAUUUGCAUGGUCUGGACCCUCUCUGUCGCUAUGGCUUUCCCCCCUGUAUUCGACGUUGGCACCUACAAAUUCAUCCAUGAGGAGGAACAAUGCAUUUUCGAGCACCGAUAUGUGAAAGCAAACGACACCCUGGGCUUCAUGUUGAUGCUGGCUGUCAUCGUGGGAACAACACACGUUGUUUACAUAAAAAUGCUGUGUUUCGUUUACGACCACCGCAAGAUGAAACCCGCUCAACUUGUCCCAGCUAUAAGCCAAAACUGGACCUUCCACGGGCCAGGUGCAACUGGGCAGGCAGCCGCCAACUGGAUAGCAGGAUUUGGACGUGGUCCCACCCCACCAACAUUGGUGGGAAUCAGACAAGCUUCUCAUAAUGGAAACAGAAGGCUGCUUGUCUUGGAUGAAUUUAAAAUGGAGAAACGCAUAGGGAAAAUGUAUUACAUGAUAACCUUGGCGUUUCUUCUCCUCUGGGCCCCGUACAUUGUUACUUGCUACAUUCGAGUGUUUGUCAAAGGAGGCACAAUUCCACAGGUCUACCUGACUGCGGCCGUGUGGAUGACGUUCGUUCAGGCGGGGGCGAAUCCCAUUAUUUGUUUCAUAUUCAACAAGGAGCUGAGAUCGCGCCUCAGAGCCAGUUUCCCGUGUUGUCUCAGCACACAGACACCCAUGUCUAUGGAGCCAUACUGUGUCAUCUGAUAGGUUCUACUGGUGUGUUAGACAAGGGAACAGGAACAGAACUGUCAUGUUGGUCUUGAAGCCUUAGGUGAUUUUACUCUGUUGCUAUGCUUGUCCAAUUUUCCCACACAAGCUGAAGGCCAUAUUUUGUGAUUUGCACUUACAGAAAGUGCAAAAUGUUGCCAAUCUGUAUUUCGAAUUGGCCUGCUAAUAAUUUUGCAUUUUUUAAGAAUCUCAUUAGUAUAUUCUUUGAGUAGUGUAGGCCUAUGUCAAUUCAGUGAGAAGAACAUAUGACAAUUAUGUAAAUUCUCUAAAGCUGUUAUUGCUUUAUUCUGAACUUUAAAAAAAAAACAUAUGUUGUAUCUUUCAUAAAAUCUUCUUAUAAUUAUUUGUGUGGAGAAGGUGUUAAAACUCACUUUUACAGUCUUUUGCAAAUACAUGUUCUUCCUGGAUUUUAACAUGCGUUGAUAAAAACGUAUUCCUUGCACAUUCCCUGUAAAAUAGACAAAUUACUUUUUUUUUCUAUGGACAAUGUCAAUGGAACUCUAAAAGAAGCAAAGCAUCAGUGCUGCAGAGAGAUGUUUGCAUUGUUUGUACUUCUGAGUAAAUAAACAACAAAUGAAUGAUUA